AUGCGCACUCCCCCAGUACGAACCUCUAUCCGUCUCAGCAACAUCACACACCCAAUCCGUUCCCAUUCACUCGCCAAACCCCGACGGCCAUCGAGUAAACUCGGUCCUACCGUGUCACUGGAUCAUUUUCUCCAGAGAUCCAAGGCUCUUUCACUCUAUAGGAGGAUUCUCCGGGAUUGUCGACGGAUUCCCGAUGCGGGGUCUAGGGAAGAGACGAGGAGGUUUGUGAGGGAUGAUUUUGAGAGGAAUAGGGGGGUGACGGAUCUGGUGGGUUUAAUUCCUCUUUGUUUGCUUGAAGAUGUGUUGAGUUGGUCUCGAGAUGGGGAAAAUUGGAGGAGCCAAAUCAAGUACUUGAUUGGGACAGGUAAAACGCAGUGGGAGGGAAUGGAAAGGUAUAUUACUGGGAUAUGAUGUAUUAUCUAGGUUGUGGGAAAGUGAUUUAGGGUGGGAAAAAGGUUGUGUAUAUAUGCAUUAACAUGGAGCAGGUGGUUAUGGAGUAUGGGUAUUUGAAAAUAAUUAUCGAGGUUUGUAAAUGGCGUGAGC